GAGAAUGAAAACAUAGUAUUGCAGCGAAUAGAUUUCUUGAGAAAGUAUAAAGAAGAAAAAGAAAGAGGUGCCAAUUUCAUAUUUGUUGAUGAAACAUGGAUUUUCCAGAGAGGCAAGGCAUUAAUUUAUUUGAAAAUUUGUUCUGUGGUCCAAUACAAAGUAUUUCAUUUCCAUUUCAUAUAUUUUUCAGGAACUGUAUCAAAGUCAUGGCAGGACAAGAGUCUACAAUCUGCGAAGAGACGUACUGUUGGAGAUGGUAAAAGGUUUAUUGUUGUUAAUGCUGGAGGGCGCACUGGCUUUGUGCCAGGAGCAGGAUUACUUUUUGUUUCAGGUCAGAAGACUGCAGACUACCAUGGCGAGAUGAAUGGGGAAACUUUCUUGAUGUGGUUUGAAGACAUGUUGGUGCAUCUUGAGGAACCCAGUGUCAUCAUAAUAGACAAUGCUUCAUAUCACAGCACCCAGGUUGAGAAAACACCUACAACGAACUGGACCAAGGAUGCACUGAUCGCGUGGCUGGAGAAGAAUGAGAUAAAACAUGAAAAUAAUUUGUUGAAAGUGGAGCUGCUGAGAAUAGCUAAACAAAACAAGCCCCGAAUACGAUGGGCGAGGUGUGUGGAUCACGUGGAGAAGCUAAUUCAAGCAGACUGGGAGAGAGAAGUCCACAUAGACAGCGGCACCAUUCCUCCACUCAUCAUCCACCUCGGCGAGGAUAGUUCAAGUGAAGACAGUGACAGCGAAGAAUUUGAGGUUACGACACAGCAAGUAGAUGGAGACAGUGAAGUACUGGCAGUUCCUCUUGAUGAUUUACCCGGGUGUUCUUAUUAAGGUCUGUAUGUAAUAAACACCUGGGCAACUGUAAGUAUUGGGGUUUGAAACAUUUUUUUUUCUUUUAUGCAUUCCCAUUAAGUAUGUUGAUUACUGGAACUUUAUGUAUUAACUUUAUAUUACACAUAUUAUGAAAUUAAUAAUAAAUUUCAUUUCUGGAUUCGUAUAGGUGUAUGUGAAACAUUUUAUUUUGUUGUGUGUCUUCAUUUUUCAGUGAACUUACUUGGAAAACAAAAAGCCAGUCCCCAUCCAGGGCCACAAAUAAAUAAUGCAUAUAAGUGGUAUAGAAAUUACUGUCAAUUCUUUACCACAAUUUUACUGUUCAUAAAAUUAUGAUUUUGUCUAAUAAGUAUACUCAGGAAAAUGUAUAUAACCAUAUUUUUAUUUGUGGCCUUAACCGGCAAAAUGGUAGGGGUUUAUUAAAUAAAAGAAGAAAAUUCAUUUUUAAAUGUUUUCAUCUGAAUUUGUUAAUUUUAUUAAACCUUCAAUCCUUAGUCUUUUCCAGAUUGCUUAGAUGGACAGCCAUAUGUAUAAUUUACAAUACUUUUUUUUUC